UUGUAAGCACAUCUGAUAGCACAAGUAUUUGAUUGUUAGUAAUUGUUAGAUACGGAUUAGAUUGUAUUUUUAGAAUUGAGUGUAACACUGGCGUAUCUGCUAAGCCUUUCUAUAACAGGUGCAUCAGUUGCACACGCAUCAUCGAUUAACAUUAAAUUUGCUCUAUAGUGAUUGUAUACAAAGUCAAUAGCGAACAGAAAGUUGCUUAAUAUAUAAGGGCAAGACAUGAAUUUUGCAUGGAAUAUAAUUUGGAUUUUACCAAUCGCCUGGUUGGUUAUAGCCGGCAGCGAGGCUAAGUGCGCAGGCGGCGACACCAGUGCGCAUUCUUCCGGCGGCGAAUCUGUUCGUGAUCUAUUCCGAAGAGAUGUACAUGUAUCACCCGACACAAUGUGUUGUAUCUGUAUGGACACAGUGGACAUGGCCUGUACUGACGAUCCUCGCUGCUCCAAAUCUAUCAAAGGAUGUACAGCCCCGACAAUUUGCUCCACCACCGUUUACAACAACGGUACACGGAUACUCUUCAGUAAGCAAUGCCUGUCGCAAAUAGACUGUAUAAAUCAGUGGGUGAACACAUCAAGGACAACCCCGGGGUGUGCCCAACAGGACUACUCACAGAUUCCCGUGGGUCUAUACUGCACCUAUUGUUGCGAGAAUGAAGAUCCGCUUAAUGUCCAUUAUUGUUUAGAUCAUACCCUGAGUUUCCCAGGCCAGCAAAACUACAGUUUCCCACCACUGACGGCGUCAAGGCCGCCGACAACUACGACCAGCCCACCAGUCAAGUCGACAACUUCCGUUCACACCAAACCAACUCACACCUCGCAUCAUCUGUCUCCAACCGGAAGCAGCCUUACCACUCAGUGUGAGGAGUGUGACGGGGCCAGCUGUGGUCAGAGCUCGGUGGUCACUUGUAAUGCCUACGAAUCCUUCUGCCUCAACGUGCUUCUCGUGGACAAACACGGCAACUUCAGCAUCAUCAAAAAAGGAUGCUCGAGCAGAUACGAAUGCCUAUACGACCACUCUCACUUGCAUGCUGAUCCAUGCGACUUCCGUGGAAUUCCCGGUACCCCAAGUUUCGCCCCGGGCACAGAGCGCCUGUGUCAGUUUUGCUGCGACGGCACGGGCAUGAGUGGCCCGUGCAAUACACAACCCGUGCCGCAGAACACUAUCGAUUUCGAUCCUAGCGUAACUCAGACGACAACGCUGGGUACACCUGCUACCACGCAGACGACAACUCUGAGUACACCUGCUAUCACGCAGACGACAACGCUGGGUGCACCUGCUACCACACAGACGACAACGCUGGGUACACCAUCUAACACGCAGACGACAACGCUGGGUACACCUUCUACCACGCAGACGACAACGCAGGGUACACCUGCUACUACGCUAACGACAACGCUGGGUACACCUGCUAAUACGCAGACGACAACGCUGGGUACACCUGCUAAGACGCAGACAACAACGCUGGGUACACUUUCAAACAGUUCAACUCCAAUUACGCAGAACACAACGAUGGAUACAGCUCUAAACAAUUCAACUCCACACACGCAGACCACAGAGCUGACACCUCCAACCCAUCACAACGCGAUACCCCACACGCAUCCCGCAUCUACACAAGGCAUUUCAACAAUAACUCACAUUACGCAGCCUGGUGUUAAUACGACGGUAAUGCCUUCGUCGUCAUCCACGACAAGGAGGACCACUACACCACCCGCCCCGGGACACUACACCCUGCCACAAGUAGCAACCCAGUGCGCAGUGUGCAUGGGACCGCCUGAAAUCUGUGAGCAGCUGACUCGCAUAGUGCCGUGUAACCCGCCUAACAACUACUGCAUCAACACGAUCCAUAACAGGGUCGACGGUACUCGGUCUGUCAACAGAACGUGCGGUAACAUCGACACGUGCUACCGGGACUGGUACGUGGGCACGUCGGACAACGACAAGUGUCAGGAGUUCUCUCAACUGAGAGCCUACACGGUGGAGUUUGAUUGCACUUUCUGCUGCGUCACCAACAAGUGCAACCUUCUCCUCAAGCCGCCCGAUGACACGCUCUAUCAGGACAAGAGGAACUAAUGAGCCGUGUUAUACAUCAACCUCGUUCUGGGAAAAAAGGACUUAACGCAAUGGCGUGAAAUGUCGUCCCAUAUUAGCCGGUACAGGCUUAUCAAGGACGUAACCAUCCGCUGUCAUGGAUUUUUUCUUUUCAAGAAAUACUCUUCUAAACGAAAAUCCAGUUGAAAGUGUCGUCCCUGCUUAGCCUGUGCAAACUUCACAGUCUAAUAUGGGACGACACUUUACGCACUUGCAUUUAGCCCCGUUUUCCUACGACAGAACAUAGUGGUGAAUUAUUUCCCUAAUAAUUUCAAAUUUUCAUAACUAAGCAUUAAAUAAAACUCUACAAAGAGAGAAAAUAACAAAAGGGACAUAACCUGUCCAUGCCUUAACUAUACGCCUACGUGAUUAUAAUGAAAAUUAUAUUGACUGAACACACGAUUUGACUUGUUGGAAUAUAUGACGAACAAUUCUUAAUAGCUUUCCCUGAAAUCCACAUCUCUACAUUUUCAACCGUAAAGCAGUUCUUUAUUUUCAAUCAAAACAUUUAACAUAUCAGUAAAAAUAACAUAUAUAGGCGUUUGUUCUCGUAUAAAUAAGUAUUUACCAGUGAAUAGAGAAAACAUAUUGAAUCAGUAGUACAUCUUCCUUUUUGUUAAUGUGUUGAAAUGUGUGUAAAAGAUGUUACUAAUACAA